AAUACCGAGAUUUCAACAGGUAAGCAUGAUUCCAAGAGGUAGAUUAAGUAAAGUACAUGUAACAGCUAGUUGUAGUUGUAAAUCAUGCUGACCAACGCUUAAGAAAGUGGCGGUAAUACACAACAACCACCAUUAAACGGCAGGAGAAAUAAGGAAGUAUUUAUGCGGAGUUUCCUCGUCAGUCCUGCUCUUCCUGUCCCGUAGCGCAUCAGAUACAACCGGAGAGUGAACCACCAGAGUCUGUCUCGAUAAACUUUAAUCACAGUGGACAUUUUGAGGACGUUUUACCUCAGACAACUCUCCGUUAGCCAAAGAAUGCUAACUGAAGUUAGCGUAGCCUAUACUAGCUGGAAAUGGACGGACAGCGCUGCUGAGAGUGACUAUUAGAUAGAGACCAAACCGUAUUUUUCAUGGACCCACAUUGUCCAGAUGAACCUGUCUGGAUGGACUCUGGGCUGUCACUUUUGUUUGAAAACGUCGGAAUUAACCCGGCUAUUUCCUGGUGUCCUCAGAAACUAUAGACGGAUCCGCACGUAACCUAGCAACGCAGCCCAACGGUCGGAGUGAGCGAACGGGUUUUUAACGGCUUGUGUCCGGGGGAAAAGUUUCUGUGACUUGGUCAAAAUGUCUAAAGUCCAAACGCUGAGAGCUUUUGUCAACCAGCGACUAGCUGCGGCUGCUGAGGAGAUAUUUGGGCUCGUUGAAAGAACGAUAACCGAGUACGAGGAGGAACUCUGUCGGUGUAAAAAGGAGAACGAGCGACAUCGGAAACAACUGGACGCCGUUUGCAGCCCUGAAGUCCGGCUACACAGAGCAGACGCCCAGCAACUGUUGGUGGUUAAAAAAGAGAUUAAGCAGGAGGACACAGCCCCCCCACGCAUUAAAGAGGAGCAGGAGGAACUCUGGACCGGUCGGGAGGGAGGGCAGCUUCAAUGGCUGCAGGAGGCUGAUAUCAAGUUCCCGUUCACUUCUGUCCCUGUGAAGAGUGAAGAAGAAGAUGAUGAAGACAAAGCUCAGUCCUCACAGCUUCAAGAAAACCAAACUGAGGAGAACAGAGAGGCCGAGACAACAGGAGCUGAUGGAGAAGACUGUGGCGGACCAGAACCAGCCAGGAACUCAGAUCCAGAUAGUCCUUUACAACCAGCUACCUAUGACAAGACCUCAGACUCCUCUGAAUGUGAGACUGAUGACAGUGGUGACUGGGAGGACUCUCAGUCAGGUGCAAACCCUCCACAGAACAAUGAAGAACCUGGAAGUGAUGAGGAACCUCUGAAGAAACGCACUGGGGUCCCAAAAAAAGUGAAACAAUUCAGUUGCUCACUUUGUGGUAAAGAAUUCUCUCGGAAGAACUCCUUAAACACUCACAUGAAACUUCAUUCAGAAGGAAAACACUUGACCUGCUCAGUUUGUAAAGCAGUUUUCUCUCACAGCAGCGUUAAGGCUGUGCACAUGAGAAUCCACACAGGGGAGAAGCCAUUUAGCUGUUCAGUUUGUAGUAAAAGAUUCGCCCAAGCGGCAACUCUGAAACAACACAUGACUAUCCACACAGGGGAGAAACCAUUUAGUUGUUCAUUUUGUACCAAAGUAUUUGCACACCACACUACGCUGAGGCAACACUUGAAUGUUCACACCGGGGAGAAAGCGUUCAGUUGUUCAGUUUGUAGAAAAACAUUUGCACGCCAUAGCAAUCUGACACGACACUUGACGGUCCACUCGGGAGAGAAACUAUUUAGUUGUUCUGUUUGUGAUAAAAGAUUCACAGACUAUAGUAAUCUGAAGCGACACAUGGUUAAAUACACCGGGGAGAAACCGUUCAGCUGCAGCGUUUGCGAGAAGAGAUUCAAUCGGCAGGAUAGCGUCAAAAGUCACAAGUGUGUGGGUGAGAGCAGCGGAAAUACAUGAAGCUGCUCAGAUUGUUUGCAAGACUUUGUUUAAGACUGAUCAGCAAAGAACUGUCAGACGUUAAAAUGAUCCUGUACAGCUAAAACAAAUUGAAAUUCUGUUUUCAUUUAACUUUUUCUAGCUGCUGUACUUUUUUGUUAUUACAUGUAUUCACUGAUUAGACUUUAAAAUGGUCUAAAAGUAGUUUUUGUUCCCCAAAUAGCACUAUGGGCUACAUUAGUGAAUUAAAGCUAUAGUGCGUAGUUUCUGUCGCCCCCAUGAGGAAGUCCUAAGUAAUGACAACAACACUGUCGGCGCAUCAUCUUUACCGUCGGAGUAUUUUUUUUUUCUUGGUACAAUCGCUGACUGAAACAUUUUUGUUGGCGCUUCUUCAGGUUUUCAGCCGCGCGUUUACCUUUUGCAGCGGUCCUCUCCGUCUCCGACACCGAACGCUGCCGUUUCCUUUCUCAGCUGUGACCUUAAAAGCAACACUCGAGUUUCGGCACUCGAAAAUCUCCGGAUGACACCAUUUUGUAAACAUAGCCAUACUGAGCAAUAUAGAGGUUUUUUUUUCGUGGCGCUGAAAGGCUUAAUUAGCUUGUUAUUGGUCUAAACCCACGGCUCCGUUGCCGCCGAGCAUUCUGCCAGAUGUCACGGCCGGAUUACCUUCCGCUCCGGUGGAUUUACUGGUAGCUGUUUCACCAAACAGACGUCUACUCUCUAAAUUUGGGAAACAUGGUUUCAUUCAAAUAAGUAUUGAGGCCCAAAGAGAUACAAUUAUGCAGAAUAGGUAAAAAGAAUUAUGAAUAUAAAGUUGUGGAGCAGAAGGACACGACCCUGUAGUAGACAUGCAAAAUGUCUCCCCUUUUCUUUCUUUUGACUUGUGUUUUCUGCUCCGGGUGUUCGGUUUGUAUUUUUGUUUCCAUUACCUGUACCUCAGUGAAGAUUUGGGUGGUACUCUUCUGUAAGUCUAGAACUGUACACUGAGUACACACGUUUUUCUUUU